GCAAAGAUGGCCGGAGAGAAGAAAAUAUAUGCACUCAUUGUGGAGGAUGAUCGAGUAACUCAAAUGCGCCACCAGAUGCUCCUAAAUCGAUUCAAUUGCGAGAUUCAGGUUGCUGGGAAUGGAAAGGAAGCAGUUGAUCUUUACCGCUUGGGAGCUAGUACUUUUGAUGUUGUUCUUAUGGAUAUGGAGAUGCCUGUUAUGGAUGGACUCGAGGCAACAAGGGAACUUCGAGCCAUGGGUUUUAAAGGCCUUAUUGUUGGUGUCACUUCUCGUGAGCUUGAGUUUGCGAAACCAGUAUUCAAGGAAGCCGGCGCAGAUGAUUGUUAUGAAAAGCCUCUAACCGCCGAACAUGUCACCUCCAUUCUUGAAGAAAUAGGCAGUCACUGAAUAGAUCUAUAUAUGUAAUAGCAAAGCAUGCAAAAGAGGGCGAGAUAGAUCAUGAGCAGGAUAUAUGUGUGAUAGAUCGAU